AGCAGAGAGAUCCACAAGGACGCUCUUGAAAGGCCCAGAGGAGAGAUGUUGGACGAGGGUGAUGGCAGGAGAGCAGACAAAGGGGCGGGACAGGAAGUACAAACAGAAAAUGUCACAGUGGCUGAGGGUGGAGUGGCUGAGAUCACCUGCCGUCUGCACCAAUACGAUGGGUCCAUAGUUGUCAUCCAGAACCCAGCCCGACAGACCCUCUUCUUCAAUGGCACCCGCGCCUUGAAGGAUGAGCGGUUCCAGCUUGAGGAGUUCUCCCCACGCCGGGUGCGGAUCCGGCUGUCAGACGCCCGCCUGGAGGACGAGGGAGGAUACUUCUGCCAGCUCUACACGGAGGAUACCCACCACCAGAUUGCCACGCUCACUGUGCUAGUGGCCCCAGAGAAUCCUGUGGUGGAAGUCCAGGAGCAGGCGGUAGAGGGCGGCGAGGUGGAGCUCAACUGCCUGGUUCCACGGUCCCGCCCGGCAGCCACCCUGCGUUGGUACCGGGACCGCAAGGAGCUGAAAGGAGUGAGCAGCGGCCAGGAAAGUGGCAAGGUCUGGAUUGUGAGGAGCACAGUGCGGUUUCGAGUGGACCGCAAGGACGACGGCGGCAUCGUCAUCUGCGAGGCCCAGAACCAGGCGCUGCCGUCUGGACACAGCAAGCAGACGCAGUACGUGCUGGACGUGCAGUACUCCCCCACGGCCCGGAUCCAUGCCUCCCAAGCUGUGGUGAGGGAGGGAGACACGCUGGUGCUGACGUGUGCUGUCACAGGGAACCCCAGGCCAAACCAGAUCCGCUGGAACCGCGGGAAUGAGUCUCUGCCCGAGAGGGCUGAGGCCGUGGGGGAGACGCUCACGCUGCCCGGCCUGGUAUCUGCAGAUAACGGCACCUACACCUGCGAGGCGUCCAACAAGCAUGGCCAUGCGAGGGCGCUCUAUGUGCUCGUGGUCUACGAUCCCGGUGCAGUGGUAGAGGCUCAAACGUCGGUACCCUACGCCAUCGUGGGCGGCAUCCUGGCGUUACUGGUGUUCCUGAUCAUAUGUGUGCUAGUGGGCAUGGUCUGGUGCUCUGUACGGCAGAAGGGCUCCUAUCUGACCCACGAGGCCAGUGGCUUGGACGAGCAGGGAGAAGCAAGAGAAGCCUUUCUAAAUGGCAGCGACGGACACAAGAGGAAAGAAGAAUUCUUCAUCUGACCCCACCCCAACCCCAGGCCUGGGCGUGGGCUGGGGUCCCCCCCCACUGCCAGCUGCAAGGAACCAGCAAAGACAUUUACCAGAGUCUGGGAUGGUGGGCUUCUCCCCCACCACUAACAUGUCAGACGCUUGGGCAGGAAUGGGGGUGUUGGAUGCCUGGAUCUCUGCAAGGGCCAGAAUGAGGGCCCAGAGGUCUGAGUCCCCCAGGGGGCAGGGGCCAAAGGUCUAGAUACCCCAAGUCCAGGGAGGGCGCUAGGGAUUGGGUUGGGGGAAGAUAACUGGGGGAAGGCCAGAGCCCCUAGGCUACAGAACCAGGUCAUGUGGGGAAGGGAUCAGAUUCUGGGCAGGGCAGGGUGGGCAGGGAAGGGGAACACAGAUUUCUUUGGGGGUCUCAGACCUCAUGCCAGCCACUGUAAGAGUUCCACAGAGCUCUGGGCACCUCUUUGCAAAGCCAUGUUUGCACGGUGGGGAAGGGGUGGGGGGAGGGCAAGGAAACAGGGAUUCUGUGUCUUUGUGUCAUAACUUUGAUGGGGGCAGUGAGGGAGACAGCCCCACCCUUUACUCCAAUCCCCCUUCCUAGGUUCCUGGACUCCCCUUCCUUCCAUCUCCUCCCCCUACAUCAAUCCCACCCAUAUUUGUCUCUCUGUCCACCCACUCCUGGGGGGGCCUUCCCCAUCUCUCCUCUGGGCCCCCCAGGGAGGGGGAAAGGA